CAGCAGUGUAUUCACACAGCAGCAGAGACCGCAAGAAGAGGAGGAACAGAAAUCAGUUCAGAGCAGAUCAUCCACCUGAAGAUUAAAAAGAUGACAACAUCAACUCCAGACUACGACUAUAACUUCACAGAUCCCACAGAUUCCCCAGAUGAACCUUGCAGUUUCCAAGCUGAACCUGUGGAGGUCAUCAUUCAGACUUACAUCCACUCCUUCAUCUGUGCCUUUGGUUUGAUUGGAAACGUUCUGGUGAUCGUCACCUACCUAUUCUACAAGAGAACCAAAACCAUGACUGAUGUCUAUCUCUUUAAUGUGGCUGUGGCAGACUUGAUUUUCGUGGUGGCCCUUCCAUUCAUCAUUUACAAUGAGCAGAACAGUUGGCUGAUGGGCCCCGUGUCCUGUAAGCUGCUCAUGUCAGCCUACAGUAUCAACCUCUACAGUGGCAUGCUGCUGCUCGCGUGCAUCAGCAGUGAUCGAUACGUUGCCAUAGUUCAAGCUCGACGCACCUUUGGCACACGCUCACGCAAUCUGUUCUACAGCCGCCUGAUCUGCUCAGCUGUUUGGGUGUUUGCAGUGGCUUUGACACUUCCCACAUUCAUCUACACUGAACGCUUUGAAGUGUGGAAUCUCGGGGGUGACUCUGUGACUAUCAUGUGUCAGCUGUCUUUCAACAAAAGCGAAACAGCAAAGUUAAUGAAGAUCCUGGUUCCCAGCCUCCAAAUGGCCAUUGGCUUCCUGCUGCCUCUGCUGGUCAUGAUCAUCUGCUACUCCUGUAUCCUGUGCACUUUACUGAGAGCUCAGAGCAGCCAGAAGCAUAAAGCCGUCCGUGUGGUUUUCGCAGUCGUUCUGGUCUUCAUUAUUUGCCACCUGCCCUACAAUGUGGCCCUGCUGAGUCACACCGUGGCCCUUUUUACGGUGAGGAGCUGUGACAUGGAAAAGCUGAAACUCCAUGUGCUGACCAUCUCCAGGAGUGUGGCCUACCUCCACUGCUGCCUCAAUCCCAUCCUCUACGCAUUUGUCGGUGUCAAAUUCAGGAGCCACUUCAGGCAAAUAAUGUUGGACCUGUGGUGUGUGAGCAAGAAGUACAUUAGCUCUGCUCGCUCAUCACGGGCCACCUCAGAAAUUUUCGUGUCAGGCAUCAAGACCUCAGAUGCCUCCAACAUGUCCUCAUUCAGUGCAUGAAUGUCUUUUCAAAGGAGAAAUUAGCAAUAUGAGUGAUCCCACAACCGCUGAUUUUCUGACCUUAACCCAUAAAGACCCAGUGCUACUUUUAUGUCACUUCCCAAAUGAAUUUUUCUCUCCUUUUAACCUUUCUUAAUUGAUUCAUCACCAUUCAUAAUAAUAUUAUCCACUGUAUUUUGCAUUUUUCAGUGAAAAUCUGGUAUUUUUCUGUAUAAAAUUUGCUGAUAAUGUGGACGCUCAUGAAAGCUGAGAAUAAAGUUGAGGGUUAUCAUAUCCAAAACAGAGAAAAUGGAGGAAAAAGUUACUUUUUUAGCAAAGAUUUCAACAACUGAAAGCAAAAACAAGUGUCUGAAGUAAAAGUAAGUAAUUUUCAGUAAAAAUCUAUCAUUAAUUGAACAUAAACCAAGUGUGUCCAUCCACUGUCACUGAUCCAGCUCCAUGGGUUUUACUGGUGAAUCAAUGU